GCCAUAUUGCCUUCGCCUGAACGCGCUGGCUGGAUCGGUUCGUACCCACAACUGAAAAUUUUUGCAGCAAUGACUCAGACAGUUCAGACCAAUGGGGUCCAACCCCUCAGUAAGACCUGGGAACUGAGUCUGUAUGAGCUACAGAGAACUCCACAGGAAGCAAUAACAGAUGGACUGGAGAUAGCAGUGUCGCCCAGGUCCUUGCACAGCGAACUAAUGUGUCCUAUCUGUCUGGACAUGCUGAAGAACACAAUGACAACUAAAGAAUGUCUGCACCGCUUCUGCGCUGAUUGUAUCAUCACAGCUUUGAGAUCUGGUAAUAAAGAGUGUCCCACCUGUCGUAAGAAGCUGGUGUCUAAGAGGUCGCUGCGCCCAGACCCGAACUUUGAUGCUUUGAUUAGUAAGAUUUAUCCCAGCCGUGACGAGUACGAAGCCCACCAGGAGAGAGUGUUGGCCCGCAUCAGCAAACACAACAACCAGCAAGCCCUGUCCCACAGCAUAGAGGAGGGGCUGAAGAUACAGGCUAUGACCAGACUGCAGCGUGGUAAGAGGCACACAGUGGAGAAUGGGAGCGGAGCUGAAGACAAUGGAGACUCCUCCCACUGUAGCAACGCUUCUGUCCACAGCAACCAGGAGGCAGGCCCGAGCAUCAAACGCACCAAGACAAGUGAUGACAGCGGUUUGGACAUGGAUAACGCUGCUGAGAAUGGGGGCGGGGACUCAGUGAUUGACGGCGGUGCAAGUGAAAUAGAGCUUGUGUUCAGGCCACAUCCCACCCUGAUGGAGAAGGACGACGGUCACAACAGUGUGGAGUUUGUCCCGCGCUACAUUAAGACGUCCGGUAACGCUACAGUGGAUCACCUGUCUAAAUACCUGGCCGUCCGAUUGGCUCUGGAAGAGCUGAGAAGAAACGCCGAGGCCAGUCCUGUUAAUGUGGAGGCAGCUUCAGAGAAACAGUACACCAUCUACAUACCAACUGCUGGAAACCAGUUCACUGUUCUGAAUGGUUCCUUCUCUCUGGAGCUGGUCAGCGAAAAGUACUGGAAGGUGAACAAACCCAUGGAGCUCUACUUUGCCCCUACUAAAGAACACAAGUAGACACAUGGAAACACACACACGCAUACAUAUAUACACACACACGCACACACACAAACACACACUCACACACACACUCACCAGUAAGAAGUAAACAGACGGACUUGGCUACACCUGCGCACACAGAAACAAGAGGAGAGGAAUGUGGGUGUCUGAAGGAGAUUAGGGGGGUUGGUGAAACCCUCAAAAGGACUCUUGUAAAAAGAAAAAACCUUGUUUUAUAUUCUCUGUAUCUUUCUGUGUCUCUUUCUAUCUUUCUCUCAGUAGAAGGUAGCAGAUCAGUACAGCAGCUAGCAGGUAAAUCACAGAUAACGGACUGUGAACAGUGAGUGUAGAUUCUCUCCAACUCAGAAAACCAGGGUCCAGUCACAGUCUGAAUUAGCAAUGUGCUGUUCUCCGAGUAAAGACAUUGUAUUAUACUGUAUUUGUCUUCAGCAAAGGCCCCUCUUCUGCUCUGUGGUCCUGGUCUGUCCCAGACGAGGGCCGACUACUUCCUGUUCCUGGAUCUCACUGUGAGACACGUCCCCCGCUGGUCAAUUAAGAGCGUUAGAGACCAAAACCACCUGUGUCAAACUUCUGAUAUUUAGGACCCACAUCUACAGAUUAACCAAUCACAAAACGACGUAAAGUAACGCUGCAUACACAGGGCAAGGCCAUAGACACAUAAACAUCGAAGCUGACACAUAUGGAAGCAAACACAGGCCACAAAUUUAAAUGUUAUAAUCAACUGAAAACCGAAUAAUGAAGCGUUGAAAUAUUUGACCAUCUAUUUAAAUUUAUGUGGUUUGAAAUUCCCUCUUUCAAAUUUUCAGAUUAUUUCAAGUUUUGUAAUUUUUUUCUGAAACUCAGUGUGUGGUUUGUAGCUGCUUGUCUGAAAGGGUCUUUGGAUUAAUAGAUUAAAUAGAUUCAGGCUCGACUGAUUGUCCUGUAUACCCUGAAUGUUUAAGUUCAGACCUUUCAUCAUGAAUUUUGAAUUUCCGGUCGAAACACUUGAUGUGUAGAAUAAGAAUAUUUUGAUCUGAAAUUGACCAAUUGAAUCUGAGCACUUUGAAUACCAAUAAUUUGUGUUUGAACAUUAGAUACAUAAAAAUGAGAUACUUGAAAUGAUCUGCUGGACAUUUGCCAGAAAUUCCACAUUCCUAGCCUUUAGGUUUCAGUUGCUUAUAAAAUUCAAAUUAUUAUGAUAUAGAUAUAUAUAAAGAUAUAUAGUGCUAUAGACAUUCCUGCAAAUAAACUGUAGUGUUGAAACAUGCAGUUGCCUGUGUGAUGAAAGCAUGUCACACUGUGCCAGACGGGUCUAAUAAGUGCGUUCACAGUGAGGAACUUUUGACCAGCAGGGGGAAGUGCAGACGCAUCCAUCACAUCUACAAUACACAGUGAUAUGAAGCUACGAAAGUUGAAGCAGGCAAAUUGGUGUUUUGUUUGUUUGUUUUCAAUAUUAUUGCAAGUGUUCUCUGAACUUUUUUUUUUUUUUUUUUUUUUUUGACGUGUCUGUCGUCUUUCAAAUAAAACUAGAGAAUGGUGAAGGUUUAAACGGCUGCUGUCUACAAACUGAAUCACUCACAGGAAACGAGAGAGAAGCUGAUGAAUGGAGCUCUGGUGACUCUUUGACCACAUGAUAACAAUCCAGCUGCAGCAUCAGCAGGUUUGUGAGGUGUAAAAACCUGGACUGUGAGGAGAGUCUCGUAGCUGUUGUGUUGAUCUGUUGCCUGUAGGAACAAACUGUCUUUAUUCUCUGUGGCUGCUCGUUCUUUUAUAAAUGUCUUUUGUAACACGGAGAGGAGGGAGUUGGAGCGGGGUGGGGUGGGGUGGGGGUGGUGUGGGAGGGGAGGGUAUUUUUUGCAGCACCAUAGACAGUAUUCACCAUCUCAUCUACUAUUUGAACAAACCUACUCCCUGUGUUGCGGUCUCACCGGUGGGACAUGAUUGUCUGUCACUUCUAAAAGACUCUGCACUAACAUGACCUCACAGAAGACGCCGGGGUCCAUUUGUUUUUUGUUGUGUUUCAGUGUGAGGACAGACGUGGUGACGGUUCGGUUUUCCAUGUAGCUGAUGGACAGAAAGCCCAGAGCAGCUGUGACAUUAUUAGGAUGUGAGAGCACGAGUGAGUGAAUGUGAAGCUGAACAUGUUUGUGCCAUAAAUGUGCCAAUAUUAAAACGCCUUUUAUUCUGAA